GUCGAGCCCAUCAUUCCUCUAAAGACGGUUGUGUGUGCCACAUUGUAAAAAUGCACAUUGUUUGUCUGUUUGACCACUCAAUGGUUACACGACCCCCUCGCCAUCCAUUACCUCUACGGCCAACGACCAGCCAGCUGAGCGAGCCGUAUCCGGGCUAUAUCGGCGGGUUUCCCCAACAUGAUCCGAUUCUACUCAACCGUACGCUGACGACGAUCCCCCGUCGACCAGUGCGUAAGAAACGUCAGCGUACGAAUGUGAGACUGCUCCAGUCGAUCUUGUACCAAUCGUCCUUUUACUUUUUCAUUCUUGUCAUUGCUGCACUCCUUGUGGGAUCAGCUUGGGGGCUGGGUGAACAGGCAUGGAAGACGGGGGAUGCGAGACGGUGGAAUAUCGCCAUAUUGGUAGCGGCAUAUGUCGCCCUGGGCAUCUCCGCGAUCAUCCACCUCUGGAGUCGUCUGAUAUCAAUCAAAAGGAUCAUACGGACCAUGCCCAAACCGUACAUGCCGACAAAGCAGAUUGAUGUGCCAAAGCGCGUGGCCGAUCACAUCAUGACGCAGUAUUCGCGCACCGCUGUGAUAGCACACAUCUCUCAGGCGACCAAGGGGGAACAAGAGGGAUGGGGACGGCCAGGCUCCAAAUGGGAAAAUCAACACUUUCGUACCUACAUACUGGGCACUUUGCCCACGAUGAUGCACGCCCUACGAUGUACCCCUGGCCCACCGCUGUCCCUUGAUCCCCUGUUCGUCGCCGCAGACGAGAUCAAAGACAGUGGGGCGAUCCGACUCUUUGUCAAUUCUUACGCCAAUCUCAUCAACAAGGCGAGAUUCUCCGGUACCGAGCCUGACGAGAGCGACGCCGUGGCCUGUGAUAAGAUCGUCGAUGUGGUCCUGUUGACGUGGGUGUGCUAAGCGUCUGGACUCGUGCUGACAACAGUCUCGAGAUGAAACGACGACGUGAAUGAUACAUAUAAUGAUACACAUAA